AUGGGGGCACAGAAGUGGCAGAUCCUCAGCCUGCAGAAGGAAGGGGCAGGGGAUAAAGACGAAGAGCCCCCCAUGCCAGGCACCUCAUUAAAAUUCAGCCUUAUUCUACUUCUGUUGAUUUCUAUAAUGCACGUGUUCUGGUGUUAUCCAGUUCCACCUUCUAAGGUGUCUGGAAAAUCUGAUUACUUUCUCAUCCUGUUGAACAGCUGCCCAACCAGGAUGGACAGGAGCAAGGGACUAGAUUUUCUAAAGCCCAUUUUUGAGAAGAUGUUUAUGAAAAAGUCCUUUCGCAAUGGAGUUGGCACAGGGAUGAAAAAAACUUCCUUUCGAAGAGCAAAAUCAUGA